UGCAAACGUUACCGAACGGGGUAUGAAUAUGAUGCACUAAAAUAAGGUGUCGGCAACAGCAACCAGAUGAGUGAAAACCCAAACAGAUCCUUGAUCGGAGUUAAACCGAUGCCGUCCACCGAUGACCGUAAAACCACCGCAUCGCCACCGUCAAUCUCCUCCACUUCCACCAACCGUAAGGUCAUCAUCAAAAGCGCCGAUAUGAAAGAAGAAAUGCAAACAGAAGCCGUCAAUAUCGCCAUUUCCGCGUUUGAGGAGCUUAGCGUUGAGAAGGAUGCUGCGGAGCAGAUUAAGAAGGUGUUUGAUAAGAAUCACGGUCCUACGUGGCACUGUAUCGUCGGAAAAAACUUCGGUUCUUAUGUGACUCAUGAGACAAACCACUUUGUCUACUUCUACUUGGAUUCAAAAGCAGUGUUGCUGUUCAAAUCUGGUUGACCAUGAUGCUAAUACUGUCAUCUUUGUAAAUUUUAAUUUAGCAACAGACAUGUAAUCAUGAAUGUUUUUAAAAAUAUUAAUUGUUCUUUUCUUGAUUAACUUUCUUUAUGCUUAAUAAUACCUAUACUUCAUCCUACUAAAA